GCGCCUGCUCCAGCCGCUCUUUCGACUACUUCAGCCCGCUGCCUACCGCCCUUCGCCGGAAACCACCCCUCCGCCCCUUCUCGCCCCUUCCCGCCCGCACCAUGGCUGUCUCCGGCAACUGCGAGCACUCGUUCAAGAUGGUCAAGUCGGACAACUCGCUCAUCCACUGGAUCUGCAACAUGUGCCAUUCCGGGCCGCACUGGUUCAUCUUCGAGUGCCAGCGCUGCAAGCUCAAGACGUGCCGGCCGUGCUCGCAGAAGGCGUAA